CCACUCCCACGUGACUUCUUCAUUUCCACUAGCAACUUCAAAAGCCAGCUGCUCCCCACACUCCACCCGCCACUUUGUCCUCUCUCAAAUGCAAAUGCUUCUCCUCCUUCACUUCCUCCUCGUCGCCGUUGCCGCCGCUGCAACUCCCUCCCUGUCCCAGACCACAACCUACCUCCUCCCGCCCGACGCCGUUUCUCUGCUUUCCUUCAAGUCCAAGGCCGACUUGGACAAUAAGCUUCUCUAUACUCUCAACGAGCGCUUCGACUACUGCGAAUGGCAAGGCGUCAAGUGUGUGCAGGGCCGCGUAGUUCGCUUCGUCCUCCAAGGUUUCUCUCUCCGUGGCACCUUCGCUCCCAACACUCUCUCCCGUCUCGACCAGCUUCGAGUCCUCAGUCUUCAGAACAACUCUCUCUCCGGUCCCUUUCCCGAUCUCUCCCCUCUCCUUAACUUGAAAUCCCUCUUUUUGGGCCACAAUUCCUUCUCUGGAUCUUUUCCUCCUUCUAUUUUGUUGCUUCAUAGGCUCAAUGUUCUUGAUCUUUCUUACAAUAAUCUCACCGGUCACAUUCCGGUUCAGUUGUCUGCUCUCGACCGGCUUAGUUCUCUUCGGUUAGAGCGGAAUCACUUCAAUGGUUCGCUCCCGCCAUUGAACCAGUCUUUUCUCAUUUUUUUCAAUGUUUCCGGGAAUAAUCUCACGGGGCCAAUUCCUGUCACUUCUACUCUUUCCAAGUUUGAUACGUCGUCGUUUUCCCUCAACCCGGAUCUCUGUGGUGAGAUUAUCAACAAGGCAUGUACUAGGACGCGCUCUCCGUUUUUUGAUUCUCCGUCAUCAUCCAAUGCCACCUCGCCGACGGCAACUCUGGGCCAGAGCGCGCAGGCGGAAGGCGGUGUUGGAGUGGUGGUUUUAUCUCCGCCAUCGCCGCAGAAGCACAAGAGAACUACUGCUAUUUUGGGUUUUGCUGUUGGUGUUUCGGUGUUGAUAGUGUCUCUUUUAUGUAUCUUUUUUGUUCUGCUCAAGAAACAGAGCAAACAAGCAAAUUCGCAGGAAAAACAGUUGGCGGCAACAACAUCUGCAACCGAGGCUGCGAAUUCGAUUCAUACAAACUCGACAGGGGACGCUCAAGCUUUUAGAGAAUAUGGCGAAGCAAUAGUAAAUUCGGAAACGAGAGGAAUUGAAGUACAACAAAUGAGAAGAGCGGAGAAGAGUGGUAUUUUGGUGUUCUGUGGAGGGAACACACAGAUAUACACAUUGGAGCAGCUUAUGAGAGCUUCCGCGGAGUUGCUGGGGAGGGGUUCUAUAGGGACUACGUAUAAGGCUGUGCUAGAUAAUCACCUGAUAGUGACGGUAAAGAGGCUUGAUGCGAGUAAGACUGCCAUUACGAGUAGUGUUGCGUUUGAAGGGCAUAUGGAAGCCGUGGGUGGGCUUCGCCACCCGAACUUGGUGCCGAUCAUGGCAUACUUCCAGGCCAAGGGAGAGAGGCUCGUUAUAUAUGAUUAUCAACCCAAUGGCAGCCUCUUCAAUCUCAUUCACGGUUCAAGAUCCACUAGAGCGAAGCCUCUUCAUUGGACAUCAUGCUUAAAGAUAGCAGAAGAUGUGGCCCAGGGUCUUGCAUAUAUCCACCAAGCAUCGAAACUGGUUCAUGGCAACCUGAAAUCUUCCAACAUUCUCCUUGGAGCUGAUUUUGAGGCCUGUAUCACAGACUAUUGCCUUGCCGCCCUUGCAGACGCAUCUACUGAAGAUCCUGAUUCCACAGCAUGCAAAGCACCUGAGAUCCGCAAGUCUAGCCAUCGAGCCACUGCCAAAACUGAUGUGUAUGCAUUUGGUGUGCUAUUACUCGAGCUUUUGACUGGUAAACAUCCAUCACACCAUCCAUUCCUUGCACCCGCUGAUAUGUUGGACUGGGUCAGAGCAGUUAGGGAAGAUGAUGGUGCAGAAGAUAACCAAUUAGGAAUGCUUACUGAAGUUGCCAGUGUUUGUAGCUUGACUUCUCCAGAACAAAGACCGGCAAUGUGGCAAGUGUUGAAGAUGAUACAUGAAAUAAAGGAAAGUGCCAUGGUAGAGGAUAAUACAGCUGCUGGAUAUUCAUAGUUCUCUGUUGUGUACAUUUACAAGAUUGGAUGCAUGGAACAAACUGCGAACUCGGCCGCUUCAAACCAUAGCUUUGGGAGGUAGGUUUCUAAAAUUAUUUAUAUGAUCUAAUGGAACUCUAGGAAGCUACAGGAACGCCAGUCAGAUGUCACCUUUAAAUGGAGGAUAAAUCGUGAUUUUGUAAAGAUUCUACUAUUCUUUCCGUGGAGUGUUAUCAUUUUGAUCGCUUGCCAAAUGGACCUUUGAUGGUUAAGAAAUCAACUCCUUCUAUAUUUGGGUUUUCAUUCUUUAAAGCAGAAUUGGCAAGCAAUUUCCAUUUUCAACAAGGAGUAACAUGAAGUUCAUCCGUUUUGCUCCAGAACAGAAACACACAUGGAGAGGUAGAUCUUUUAGUGGUAGCAUUAAGGUAUUACAAAUUGUAUGGUUAAGAUGGUGUUGGAGAUGGUGGUGUAGCAAGUAAUAGGAGGAAGACGAUGAAAGAUACAGCAGAUUUGUUUUUGCAGGCCUGAUGUCGAGUUUGUACUGUUUGAGUUCAGUCAGCAGAUUGCUCUCCUUUGUAGCUUGGACUUAUGUUUUGGACCUUGUAGUGGAUUUGACCAUCUGCUUCA